AUGAUCAUCGACGGCGAGAAGUGGGCUUGCGAAGCCUGCGUGCGGGGCCAUCGGGUCAGCAACUGCCAGCAUCACGAGCGCCCACUCCAGCACAUCAACAAGAAGGGCCGGCCGGUGUCGCAAUGCCAGCACUGCCGGGCCAUGCGCAAGUCCCGCUCAUCCCAUGUCAAGUGCGACUGCGGCGAGAAGACACACAAGUGUAUUCACUUGAGACCGGUGGUGGAGGGUCACAAGGAGAGCUGCUGCUGUAACCAUGGCGGCCGCUGCACCUGCUGCCACAAGAAGGAGCCUGGGCUCGAGACCGUCCCCGAGUCGGAUUCGGACAGCGCUGCUGCCGCGCAGAACAAGAUCUCCAAGCUGAGCUCGCGAGUUCGUCGCCGCGCCAACACCACCAGCUCGGACGGCAUGCUUGCCUUUGAAGUCAACGGCCACCCCAAACCGACGUACAAGCACAACAAGGUCUCGCAGAAAUGCGGCCCCUACCAGCUCAGCAGGGUCAACUCGAUGCACAGCACGGGAAGCUUGGGCGACCAUUCGUUGGACGGCUUCCUUGGAGAUGUCGAAGGUUGUGGCACCGCGUCCGCGACCGGAAGCAUCAGCGGCGACAGCAUGCCGCCAUCGCAGCACAGCCGGUCGGAAGCUGCCUCCCCCCUGAUGACAGGCUCGCAGUCUUUUGCCCAGCUUCCGCCGCUUGACCUUUCGCAGAUCAGCAAGUAUCAGCCAUACGUCGCCAACCACGCCGAGUUCUUUGGCAACAUGUCGGACCACGAGCAGCCUAUUUUCAGCGCCGGCUUGAGUGCGGCCUCGGUCGACUGGAACAACUAUGAGGGCUUGGAGUUUGCCCGCGAAAACAACCACGAUUUCGCCCCCUCUAGCUACAGCCAACCACAAAGCUACGGUGGAUUUGACUUCGGUGGGUCGGAGCAGCUCACCAUGACGACGACCACGUCCAACUCGGGCGAGGUUUCCGAGGUCGAGGACUUCUUCACCAACCCGUUGGAUGACUUUGAGACUUUCCGAAGCCCUUUCCCCACGGGUGGAUUUCUCGGGCACACCCACAGCAUGAUGGGCAGUGCGGAUCUCGGCAGUGUCGAGUUUGACGAACUAGGCUUCAUGAAGAAGACUAGCGCCAAGUUUAUGAACGCCACCUCGUCCAUGGCCGGAGAUGACCCGACCCUGCUGGCCGGCGCCGCUUCGGGCUUCGGUGGCUUCGCGCUCGAGGACGACGCCUUUUGGAUGAACGACUACCACGGACUUCCCAACAUGACGGACUCCCCCACAGAGAACAACCUCGGGCCUUUCUGGGCGGAGGCCCAAUGA